AUGACGACCACGAUUCCACCACCGCCGCCGCCGCCUCCCGAUGAGAGCACCAAUCCCACUUCACCCAAGUCAAAGCUCUCACAGACCCAGAGGGCGAGAUGGGCCACUCGUAAGAUGACGGUCAAGAGCAGCGCGAACAAACGCUCGUCGCUGCUGAACCGCAUGCAUAAUCGGACGCAGUCCAGUGCCAGUGAGAAGCGCCGCAGUGGCGCUCCUCCACCGGGCCAGAACCCAGAUGGUGAUGAUGGCCAGGAUGAUGAGAACCCUAAGCAAAAUGGUGACGCUGCUGGCUCUGAUGACGGCUCUGAGGAUGACCAGGACAACCGUUAUCUGUUUUUCAACCUGCCACUCCCCGAUGAGCUUCUGGAAGAAGGCCACCCCAUCACCGAGUAUCCGCGAAACAAGAUCCGAACCGCCAAGUACACCCCGUUGUCGUUUGUUCCAAAGAACAUUUGGUUUCAAUUCCACAAUAUUGCCAACAUCUUCUUCUUGUUUCUGAUCAUCUUGGGCUUCUUCUCCAUCUUCGGUAGCGUUAAUCCCGGAUUGAACGCUGUUCCCCUGAUUGUCAUCGUCUGUCUUACUGCCAUCAAAGACGCCAUUGAAGAUUACCGACGAACCGUUCUCGACAACGAGCUAAACAAUGCACCCGUUCAUCGACUUCACGGCUGGACCAACGUUAAUGUUGAAGAAGACAAUGUCUCAGCUUGGAGAAAGUUCAAGAAAGCCAAUUCUGCCUUCUUCGGGCGUAUAUGGCGCGCCAUUCAGAGCACGUGGUCUAAGAAAGCUCGUGCUGAACGCCAGAGACGCAAAAUGCCUGUUGUUGAAGACGAGCCUCGAGCUUCGAUUGAAACUGUCCGGACCAGGCGGGCCACGCGCGAUUCCAUCUCGUCGCCAUUUGAACGCCGCGAGUCCAUUGUCUCCAACUCCGACGAUAUCCAGAUGACCCCCGUAACUUCGCCCAAGCCCAACGCCAUUCACUUCCAGCUUCCCGAGCAGGGCGAAGACGCCAAACGAGCCAACGCCAUUUCCACCAUGAAAUCGGAUCUCAUCAACUACGAUUGUCAAACUCAGGGCGCCCGCUUUGGAAAGGAUACUUGGAAGAACAUUGUGGUUGGUGAUUUCGUGCGUAUCUAUAAGGACGAUGAGCUUCCUGCCGAUGUCAUCAUUCUGGCCACUUCGGAUCCCGACGGCGCUUGCUACGUUGAAACGAAAAACUUGGACGGCGAAACAAAUCUCAAGGUCCGACAGGCUCUUCGCUGUGGACGUGGCAUCCGACAUGCCCGAGACUGUGAGCGUGCUCAGUUCCGCAUUGAAAGCGAGGGUCCGCAUCCCAACCUGUACAAGUACAACGGUGCCAUUCGGUGGCAGCAAAAGGUUCCCGGCUACCUGGAUGACGAACCCGAGGAAAUGACUGAGGCAAUUACUAUCGAUAACCUGAUGCUGCGAGGAUGCAACCUCCGAAACACUGAAUGGAUUUUGGGCGUCGUCGUCUUCACCGGACACGACACCAAGAUCAUGAUGAACGCCGGUGUCACCCCCAGCAAGCGUGCCCGCAUCGCCCGAGAAAUGAACUGGACCGUUAUUUGCAACUUCAUUAUCCUCUCCAUCAUGUGUUUGCUCGCGGCCAUUGUCAGCGGCGUGUCUUGGGCCAAGAGUGAUGCUUCCCAGCACUUUUUCGAUUUCGGUUCUAUCGGCGGAAGCUCUGGCGUUACUGGUUUCAUCACCUUUUGGGCGGCCAUUAUCGUCUUCCAGAACUUGGUUCCCAUUUCCCUCUACAUCACGCUUGAAAUCGUGCGAACCCUGCAGGCCAUCUUCAUCUUCAACGACGUGGAAAUGUAUUACGAGCCGAUCGACCAGCCCUGUAUUCCCAAAUCCUGGAACAUCUCCGACGACGUUGGCCAGAUUGAGUACGUCUUCUCGGACAAGACCGGCACGCUCACCCAAAACGUCAUGGAGUUCAAGAAGGCUACCAUCAACGGACAGCCAUAUGGUGAAGCCUGGACUGAGGCUCAGGCUGGUAUGCAGAAGCGUCUGGGUGUUGAUAUCGAGAAGGAAUCCGAGAGGAUCCUCGCUGAAAUCGCCGAAGCCAAAGUGCAAGCAUUGAUUGGUCUCCGCAAAAUCUACGAAAACCCAUAUCUCCACGACGAUGCCGUUACUUUUAUCGCACCCGACUUUGUCGCUGAUUUGGCUGGUCACCACGGAACCGAGCAGCAGCAGGCCAACGAAAACUUCAUGCUCGCUUUGGCUCUUUGCCAUACCGUCAUGGCCGAACGCACGCCUGGAGACCCGCCUUCUAUGAUCUUCAAGGCUCAAUCCCCCGACGAAGAGGCUUUGGUCGCUACGGCUCGUGAUAUGGGCUUUGUUGUAUUGGGCAACAAUUCUGAUGGUAUCAAUCUUGACGUCAUGGGUGAAGAACGCCACUAUCCUCUCCUCAACACUAUCGAGUUCAACUCCACCCGAAAGCGAAUGAGUACAAUUAUCCGGAUGCCUGAUGGUAAAAUUAUGCUGUUCUGCAAGGGUGCCGACUCGGUCAUCUACGCCCGACUCAAGAGGGGCGAGCAAAAGGAGCUGCGACAGGUCACUGCCGAACACUUGGAAAUGUUUGCUCGCGAAGGUCUGCGUACCCUCUGCAUCGCCCAAAAGGAACUCACCGAACAGGAAUACCGUACAUGGAAGAAGGAACACGACAUCGCCGCCGCUGCCCUGGAAAACCGUGAAGAGAAACUCGAGGCUGUUGCCGAGCUUAUCGAACAGGAUCUUAUGCUUCUUGGAGGUACUGCCAUUGAAGAUCGUCUCCAAGAUGGCGUGCCCGAUACUAUUCAGCUACUUGGUGAGGCCGGUAUCAAGCUCUGGGUUCUGACCGGUGACAAAGUCGAGACUGCUAUCAACAUUGGUUUCUCCUGCAACCUGCUCAACAACGAUAUGGAGCUCAUUCGCAUCCAGGUCGACGAGGAGGCCGCUGAAGGCGAAGGCGCUGAAGACAUAUUCAUCUCUCACAUCGAGAAGCAGCUGGAUGAGGGCCUGAAGUCGUUUGGCUUGACUGGUGGCGAGGAAGACCUUGCUGCAGCCAAAAAGAGCCACGAGCCCCCAGCUCCUACUCAUGGAUUGGUCAUUGACGGUUUCUCGCUUCGAUGGGCCUUGGAUGACCGCCUGAAGCAGAAGAUGCUCCUCCUGUGCAAGCAAUGCCGAUCCGUCUUGUGCUGCCGUGUCAGCCCUGCGCAAAAAGCUGCCGUUGUGUCCAUGGUCAAGAAUGGAUUGGAUGUCAUGACGCUGUCUAUUGGUGACGGUGCCAAUGAUGUUGCCAUGAUUCAAGAGGCCGAUGUCGGUGUUGGUAUUGCUGGUGUUGAGGGUCGACAGGCUUCCAUGUCUUCUGACUAUGCCAUUGCCCAAUUCCGAUUCUUGCAGCGACUGGUGUUGGUUCACGGACGCUGGUCAUACCGCCGCUUGGCCGAGUGUAUUCCCAACUUUUUCUACAAGAACAUGGUCUGGACUUUCAGCAUUUUCUGGUUCUCCAUUUACACCAAUUUUGACAUGACCUAUCUCUUCGAGUACACCUAUGUCCUGAUGUUUAACCUGUUCUUCACCUCGAUUCCUGUUGCCAUCAUGGGCAUCCUCGACCAGGACGUUUCGGAUUCCGUCUCAUUGGCCGUACCCCAGCUGUAUCGCCGUGGUAUCGAACGACUGGAAUGGACACAGAAGAAGUUUUGGCUAUACAUGCUUGAUGGUAUCUACCAAUCCGUCAUGGUUUUCUACAUCCCAUAUCUGCUCUUUAUGCCUGCUCGACCCGUGACGAUGAACGGCCUAGGAUUGGAAGACCGGUACCGAUUUGGAGCCUAUAUUGCACACCCUGCCGUCUUGACCAUCAACGCAUACAUCUUGAUGAACACGUACCGAUGGGACUGGCUCAUGCUCCUUAUUGUGGCUCUCAGUGAUAUCUUCAUCUUCUUCUGGACCGGCAUCUACACAUCGUUCACUUCGUCUGACCAGUUCUACGGAGCCGCCAAGGAGAUUUAUGGUGAGGCCACUUUCUGGGCCGUCUUCGUGCUUGUUCCCGUCAUCUGCCUUUUCCCGAGAUUUGCCAUCAAGUCUCUGCAGAAGGUCUUCUUCCCCUAUGAUGUGGACAUUAUUCGAGAGCAGGAGAGGCUGGGUGCCUUUGCUCAUCUCAAGACGGAAAGCACCACGGUUGAGGCCGUCAGCGACGAGAAGAGCCAAAAGUCCAAGUCGUCCAGCAGCUCACGCCGGGCGGCGAAGCACGCUCAGUAUGAGAGCGUCGACGAAGACUUGCGACCCAUCUACCCCCCGUCGACAGUGACACGAACAACGACGCAAAACUAUCACAGCCAGACUGGCAGUGACAGCACCAACUACACUGGCAACCGCUUCUCUCUCGAGGUGCCAGCGCAACAGACCCGACCAAGCAUGGACCGAGCCAGGCCAUCUUACGAGGCCAGCAGUGACUUCACCUCUGCUGCGCGACUGUCUCGCAUCGAGUCAAGUCGGUCCCAUGCUGCCUCGGGCCUUACUUCGCGGCUGCGCGGGCUGUCAUUGACUAAGAGCAAUAAUGUAUAG